AUGAUUGAUAAGAGUUGGAUUGACAAACCAUUGAACUCAAAAGAGUUCUUAAAUGGAGUAAAACAAUUUUUGGAUUUUGCCUUUUCAAAUUCUGCAAUGAAGCCUAGAGAUAUAUAUUAUAUGGGAGAACUGAACCUUAUGGAAUCACAAGAGCCAAUAAUCGAAGACAUACCUUUUUGUGAGCAAAAUGUUGGGAAUAUUGAAGAACUACAAUUAGUGCGAGACCAUGUCAAUGAACAAGAAAAUGAUGAAACAAAUGUUGAGGAAGAUCAUAAUAGUUGCAAUGAUAAUGGUUCAAAUUUACUUGUGAGAUUUCUCGGCGAACUUGCUAAAAAAUCAGCAUUUUGUCCUAUAUCUGUUGAAAGAUGGGAUGAAAUGUCAGAAAAGAAUAAUAAAGCAAUUUGGAAUUGCAUCAAGGAUCAUUUUGUGUAUGAUUAUGCUGUUGGUAUCAAAUGGACAUGGGCAACCCUAGGAGAAAGAUGGAAGGCCUAUAAAUAUAAGUUCCGAUGUAAAUACUUCUACCCUAACAAAAGUAAGGAAGACCUACUUGCUAUUGAUCCUCUUGUGCUUGAAAAUGAUUGGAUUGCUUUUGUUAAUUACUAUAAAAAACCACAAAUGAAGGAGCUACAAUUGAAUAGACCUGUAUGUCGUGUUGAGGUUAUAUUGUCAACUUUGCUUAAAAAGAAUGGAAACUAUGUGAAUGAGGAAGGAAAAUCCAUUGCAGAAAAGAUAUCAGAGAACUUGUCUCAAGAUCAAGAACGUGUUGCCACUAAAGGUGUUCCAUCAAAGAUUAAUGCAUAUCCAGAUGAUGUCAUUGGCAAAGUGUACGGAGGUGAACAUUCAGGUCGAAUGCGUGGUUUAGGUGUUGGUGUUUGUCCCACGAGUGUUUUCAAGACGCGCAAAUAUUUCACGCAAUUUGAGAGUGUUGGUAGCUCUAGCCAAAAAAAUGUUGAGGAGUUACAAAAUGAAGUGCACACUUUGAAAGAAAAGCUAAAUGGAUAUGAAGAGACUAAGGAGCAACUUUCACAAACACAAGAUCAACUUAAAGUUCUCCUUAAUUUUAUGCAAAGAAAAUUUGGUGAUGAGUUACCUACUUUCAACCAAGGUUUCCCUUCACCUUAG